AUGUUCAGCAACUACGAGCUCUUCCAGUCUUGGGACGUGGCUCUAUUCAAGAUUCCUCCAGGCCGUCCUAGUAUUUCCAACUGGAAUUUGGAUCCAGAAAAUAUUGUGUGGAAGGGCCGACUGUCGCUCUUAGAGCAGUACCAAGAUACCAGUGACGACGAAGACGAGAUAAAUGCAUUGCCAAAAGCACAGGGAACUCAGCAGAGGCUAAUAUGUAAAGUAGAGUUUUACAAUAUGGUGAAGAACGGCGACAACGAAGAAAGCAAAGAAAAUGAGGAUAACGAAGAUGUCGAAAAUAAUGGUGGUUCUAUUCUUUCAGAUAAACCAAUUACAAAUAAACCGAUUACUAAUGGACCGUCUGGUGAGUUCAACAAUAUUGUUUCUCAUUCUGAAGCUACCAAUGCAUUGACUCGUUCAUUCGGUCACCAUUCGCAUGUUCAGACUCAUCCACAGCUUUGGGCCGAGGUGUGGUUUGUCCCUCAAGACAAUGUCUAUGAUGAAACUAUACAAAUGUGCACAGAAUCCCCACAAUAUUUCAAGGUAAUUGCGCAAUUUCCAGGCACUGGCUGUGAUGGAGAAUGUACCCGGGUAGCACUUGGACUCAAGUUUAGAGAUCGGUCCGAAGGCAUACUAUUUGGCGAGAGCGUCAAUAUAUUCAAAAGAAGGUAUAAAGAUUGGCAAGGGGACAUGGAAUAUGAGGAGCUCGCUAGAAAGCUGUCAAAACUCAGUCUAGACGACCAAGGAUACGGCGACGACGAUGAUGACGACUUUGGGGAGUAUGUGGGCGCAGAUUCAUAA